GCUUCUUCUCGGUCCAGCGCCGUCGCUUUGCAAAAAGUCCUUUUUUCUGUUCUCUGAUACCGCUCCGAAAACUAUUUCUUUUAUAUUAUUUUCCGAGAAAAAAAAAUUCCAUCCAGCCGAAAAUGAGCGACUCCCAGAAUCAAGCUGGAGAUGUGUCUAGCAGUGCUGACCGUAUGGUUGGCAUGGAUCAUGCAGAGAUCCGUUACUUCACAAGUUAUGAUCAUCAUGGCAUUCACGAGGAGAUGCUGAAAGAUGACGUGCGCACAAGAUCCUAUCGCGAUUCCAUCUACCAGAACCGCCACAUUUUCAAGGACAAGGUUGUUCUCGAUGUCGGAUGCGGCACUGGAAUUCUCAGCAUGUUCGCUGCCAAGGCUGGUGCGAAGCACGUAAUUGGAGUUGACAUGUCCUCGAUCAUUGAAAAGGCUCGUCAGAUCGUUGCAGUCAACGGCCUGUCGGACAAGAUCACUCUUCUCCAGGGAAAGAUGGAAGAAGUUGUUCUUCCGUUCCCCAAGGUCGACAUCAUCAUCUCUGAGUGGAUGGGAUACUUCCUUCUCUAUGAGAGCAUGCUGGACACUGUUCUCUAUGCCCGUGACAGAUAUCUCAACCCUGGCGGCCGGAUCUUCCCCGACAAGGCCACUAUCUACGUGGCUGCCAUCGAGGAUGGAGAGUACAAAGAUGACAAGAUUGGAUUCUGGGAUAACGUGUACGGGUUCGACUACAGCCCGAUGAAGGAGGUCGCCCUGACUGAGCCUCUUGUCGACACCGUUGAGAUGAAGGCCCUGGUCACAGACCCUUGCCCUGUCAUCACUUUCGAUCUCAACACCGUCACCACCGCCGACCUGGCCUUCAAGGUUCCCUAUACGCUUAACGCCAAGCGCAGCGACUUCAUCCACGCCAUCAUUGCUUGGUUCGAUAUCGAUUUCACUGCCUGCCACAAGCCCAUCAGCUUCUCUACUGGCCCCCACGCCAAGUACACCCACUGGAAGCAGACCGUCUUCUAUCUGCGUGAUGUCCUCACCGUGGAAGAAGAAGAGUCUGUCACCGGCUUCCUCGAGAACAGGCCCAACGACAAGAACAAGCGUGAUCUGGACAUCACCCUCUCCUACAAGUUCGAGACUACAGACCCCACCCGCUUCGCCGAGGGCAGCUGCUUCUACAGAAUGUGCUAAAUGCACGCUCUUCCUCACCUGUCUCUAUUCCUUUCUAUGUGAUGACAUGCAUUCUUCAUCACCCCAAGACAUUAAUUUUUCUUCACUGUGGGCAGCAUAGCAUGAGGGCAGAAAUUCUUGAUGAACAUAGGGUGGUCGACUGGUCUGAUUUUGUUUGAUUUUUGUUUACUUGUCCUUGUUCCGCGUCUUUUUCUUUUUUUUCAAUCUGUCGGCGUUUCGGGAAGGCCAGGGAAACGGCCGUGUGCGGCGUGAUACGAGAUGAUUUCCGAGAGACGGUCAUGAAGC